CGCGGCUAGUUUAAGUUGCCAUAGCACGGUAGAGCUGAGGGCUGCUUCUGUUACUCGUUAUGCUAUAAAGCAGCGGCUGUCGCUCAGCGUUUUCAUAUAUUUGUCAUUUUUCUUAUAUUUUCCGCUGGAAUUUUGCAUCUUGUACAGUUUUUUACGGUGUUGUCACAAGGCUAAAAUAGUUGGCUAACGUUUGGGUAGCUAGCUAGCGUUCACAGUAGUUUCCACUUGUUGCUAGCCGGGGGACCAUCACCCACAACAAUGCCCAGCUCUGUGAUUGAUUGGGAAGAGGACACUUUGAAUGGUUUUGUUGUAAUGUUCAGAUAGUUGUCUGUCUCCGCUGGUUGUGAUGGUAACAUAGAAACAUUUCAUAUCUCUGUUAACUAUGACUAAAAUAUCAAUCGACAAAACUGUUGAAACGCAGCCCUGUUUGAUCGUUAAUCUGAUUAACGUUUCUGUGAACAGUUCGCGUUUUGUGCAGACGACGCUAGUGCUGGUCACUAUUCGUCAGGUUUGUAAUCGCUAAAAGCUGCUCCGUUUAAAACUAUGGAUACAUCAAGCGAGUCCGAUUCGUAUGAUCGGACACCGGGGCGUAGACCCCGGGGGCGUGAAGCCCACAGACCUGGCCGGGACAGGGGCAGAGCCAGUGGGAGUGUGGGCGAUGGUCGAGCUGCAGGCAUCAGCGAGAAGAUAAGCACGUUGGCAAACACUUUACAGGACACCAGUAGGAACUUGACCAAAGUUGAUCGGAUGCUGGGCCAGUACAGGGACCAUUCAGUUGAUCAAACUGAAGCCAUAGCACUGCUCAGGGACAACCUGGAGGAGUCGAUCAGUCAGCUUCAGACUCAGAGGAUUGGCAGAUCCAAUGGGGCUCAAAGCGCUUCAUCCUCUGCCUCUACCCUGCACACCAGUGACCUGGAGGCCUGCUCUGGAUCGGAUGGCCAGCGUUUCUAUCCUACGUCUCCACUGAAGGACUAUACAAGCACUCCAAGAAGAAGGAGGUCACAGUCUGCUGGUGUGCGCUUUAAGGAGGCCAGCCUGACAGGAGAGGAUAUUCACACAAUGCACCAAUCCUUGAGGGAUCUGCGCUGUGACCAGCAGAGACUGUCUGAGGACCUGGAUAGAGAAAUCCUCCGGAGAAAUAGGUCUGAUAUUGACACGAGGCGGGCGAUGGAGAGCCUCACAGAGCACUUGACAACAUCCCAGAGACAGGCCUCGGUGACGUCUCGCGUGGAGCGACGUCUGCAGGAGCUAGAGAGAGAGCAGCACGCUGGGAAGCGAGAGAGGAGGACCGAUCAGCGGGUGGUCAUGUCUGACGAGCUGCAGGAGACUGCUGGAAGGCGCCAAGCUCAAGCCCAUGAGAGAGAGGAGGCCAUGACAGACAGGCUGCUGAAAGCAGAGAGGGAGAAGUUCAAGAUGGAUCAGGAGCUGGAAAGAACCAGGAGGCAACUUGAAAUGUCUGAGGGGAGUAGAGAGUCCCUUGUUCAACAGGUGGAGGAUAUGCGCUGUGAACUGCUGAGGACAAGAAAGGAAAGGAAUGAGCUGCAGAGGGCCCGGCUGGAGACGUUUCAGCCAGUUGCUCAGCCACAUGGCAGCCACACUGACAGGGAGGAGGGAAGAGGUGGACAGGGAGCCUCAGAUCGUCUGAGCUUGGAAAAGGAAGUAGCAGAGCUGCGACUCCAGCUGAGCAAGGCCUCAGUCCUCCGUGAGGUUGAGGUUGAAGAACUGAAAAGGGCUCUGGACCGCAAAGAGAAGGAGAGAGUCCAACUGAGCUUACAGGUGGAGGAAUUAUCAUCAGACCUGGCGCGGCGGGAGCAACAGCAGCUACGAAUGCUUGAACAGUUGAGGGAUAUACAGAACCAAAGGCAGGCAGAAAGGAGAGAAACAGAGGCCUUACUCCAGGAGACAACAAGGAGCAGAGAUGAACUAAAGACCAGAGCCAAAGAGGCCGUGCAGCAGUGGAGGGCAAAGUGCAGGAGGCUGCAGAAGGAGCUAGAGGACGAGAGGGCCCAGGCUGUAUUUAAUACUGACAAAGCUUCCCAGGCAGCCAGAGAAAAGGAGAGCUCUCAGGCCCAGCUCAAGGCGCUGAGCCAGCAGACGGAGGCGGCCCGCAGGGAGCUUGCUGAAACUCUAGGCCGUUUGGCCCAGCGCGAUGAAGAACUCCACCGCAAGGACAUGGAACUGUCCGAGACCCGCCAGCGCCAGUUGUCACUGGAGCAGGAAAUGCGGGAGGUGAGGGAGGCCUCAGCUGCCCUGGAGGAAGAGAUUCAGCGGCAGACUGUCAUCCAGACCAGACUGAAAGAAGAAAACCAGAAGCUGGAAGAACGAGCCGACACACAAGCCCGCCGUUGUCAGAGAGACCAGGACGCACAUGCUGAGCUCCAGGCUGCCCUGAAGCAGAUGACCUCAGCCCAUGCACAGCUUGCCCAGCGGUUGGCAGAGGGAGAGAGCACCAAGAAGGAGCUCCAACAGAAUGCUUUGGACCUACAGGCCAAACUGACAGCAACACAGGAGGAGCGGUCGGCCCUAGGACAGCAGCUGCAGCUUCAGAGAGGAAUGCAUCAGAAAGAACUGGACAAUGUGAAGAAGAUGAUGGAAGACAGCAGGACAAACAAGGACAGAGAAGUGCAGGACGUGCUCAAGCUCUGCCAACAGGAGCGUGAUGAAAUGCAAACACACCUAAAGGAGGUUAAGGCAGAGGCAGCAUCAGACAAGGAGCUGUGUAGGGCACUGCGCAUCAACUUGGACAGGAUGAAGGAUGAAUGUGAUAAGCUGGCAGCUCAGCUGAGCACAAAAGACGAGGCACAUGCACUCCUCCAGAGAAAGCACCAACUACUCAAACAGGAACUGGAUGACAAAGUUAGAUCAGGUGAGCAGAGACGUGCCUCGGAGUCCGAGCUGAUGAAGCUGAAGGAGAAGGUUUUACAUUUGGAGAAAGACAGAGAGGCAGUCCUUACCUCCUUGGGUGAAGAACUUGAUGCAGCUUGUCGCAGCCUUGCAAGGAAUGGUGAAGACAAACUGCAGGCGAUCUCCCAGAAACCUGGAUUAGUGAAAGACCCACACCGCUGGCUAGCAGAGACAAAGACAAAACUGUGGUGGCUGUGCGAGGAGGUGCGGGAGUGCAACACAAGAGAACAGCGCCUAAGGAAGCAGCAUCAACAGACCAGGGAUCAGUUAAAGGCCCUGAGGCAGAGCCGGGACUCAGAGCAAACAGAGCUCCAGCUGCGCCUGGACCAACAGGAGAAGCUGCUGCUCUCCCUCAGCACUGAAAAAAGAGAGCUUUUGGAGAGGAGUCGCAGGAAAGAGGAAGAAAUGAGGAGCCUUCAGGAUCGUGUUUUGGAUCUUGAGACGAAUACCAGAGUAACCUUGGAUCACUUGGAGUCAAUUCCAGAAAAACCAUGUCUGAUGGAGAACUUCAAAGAUUUGGAGGAGUCACAGCGGCAGAGGGAGCUGGUUGAGCAGCGCCACACCAAAUACAAAGAGAUCAUCUGGGACCUUCAACACCAGCUGGACGAGUCCAAACGAAGAAUCCAGGAGUGCAGAGAAGAGAAGCUGGACGCCACCUCCAGGAGCCUUAAACUGACUGCUCUUUCUUCCUCCAUCAAAGAGCCCACCAUAUUUCUGAGCAGCUCCCUGGGAUCUGGCACACUGUCUCCUCACAAACACCUUACCAGCUCAGACCUGGAUGAUUCUGCAGUCACUGGGGCCAAAACCUUCAAAGAUUAACUCAACCUCAAGUGAACCUUCUAUCUGUAUCUACACAAACACAAACACUCGGUGCUAACAGCUGAUUCUACCUGCCUGGUGCUUGUCCAGAACAAAGAACAAGUUGGCUCUACUUAAAGGUCUCACAUUCAGCACUAAUCCUCCUGGACUACCUCAAACAGGAAGUCACUGCGAGGUUUGACACCUAACACAAGUGUGGACACUGGUGGAUGAUUAAAGUGUUUAAAUGUUAUUUAUACAAACUUCGGCUGAAUGUAUUUAAAGGGUUUAAACCAAAAUAGUCUGUUACAUUUCUUGCCAUUGUUCCAACAUUUAUUUUAUUCCUUUUUCAGCAGCUUUUUAAACAGUGUUUUCUGUAUAAGCAAUCUGCUUUUAUCAUCAUGCCAAUGUGUUUGUGCUAAGAUGACUCAGAAUGCCACACUUAACAAAACACUGGUGCCUUUUCAACAAUAUGCAAUUUAAUCAUGAAAAUGUGACAAAUUGUUUGUUUUUCCACAGUUACAACCUCUUUAAAUGUAUUGACUGAUUUUUUAAAUGACUUUCUAGUUUUGUUUUAUGCAGUAUGAAUUUCUAAAAAGUAAUACCACAAACAGAAGUCUAUUUUUUAUGAAAUGCAAAGGAAGUAUAUGCACUCUGAA